AUGGAGAACGUCAAGCGGGGAAAACUCAAGCUCAAGCACAGCAGUAAGCUCAAGGUGGCGUCGAAGCCGCACAAGAAGCACAAGAUGAAAAAGACAGUACAGCAUGGAGAGACGGAAGAGGAGAAGCUCCAUGAGCGAGAAGAGGCGGGCGACGCCGUAGAAGCGGACGUGGACGACAGGACGCCGGCACAGCGUCGCCACGCUGAGCACCAGAAGAAACGAGAGCAAGAAGAGAUUGCCAAACUGGCGUCCAAGACGUACAGAGAGCGCAUCGAAGAGCUCAAUCAGCAUCUCGGCAGUCUUACCGAACACCACGACGUGCCUCGGGUCUCAGCUGCUGGCAAUGGUUGA